GGUGAGCGGCGUCUGGUUGUCCGGUUUUGCUCCUCAGCUACUCUAGACUCGAGGUCGCGUAACUAUGGCUAUCCAGAAAAAGCAUGGCAAGGGUCGCUUGGACAAGUGGUAUAAGCUUGCCAAAGAGAAAGGCUAUAGAGCUCGAGCAGCCUUCAAAUUAAUCCAACUUAAUAAAAAAUACGGUUUCCUUGAGAAGAGCAAAGUACUUCUUGAUCUUUGCGCAGCACCUGGUUCAUGGUGUCAAGUGGCUGCGGAAUGUAUGCCCACAGAGUCUCUUAUUGUCGGAGUUGACCUCGCGCCAAUUAAACCGAUACCUCGAGUGAUCACCUUUCAAAGCGACAUCACCACGGAUAAAUGUCGUGCGACAAUCCGGCAACAUUUGAAAACCUGGAAAGCGGAUACGGUUCUUCACGACGGAGCUCCCAAUGUUGGUACUGCUUGGGUUCAAGAUGCUUUCUCCCAGGCCGAAUUAGCCCUACAGUCGUUGAAACUCGCAACGGAAUUUUUGGUUGCCGGCGGAACAUUCGUUACAAAGGUCUUUAGAUCGAAGGAUUACAAUUCAUUGUUGUGGGUAUUUAAGCAAUUGUUUACUUCUGUCGAAGCAACGAAACCCCCGUCCUCAAGAAAUGUUUCUGCGGAAAUUUUCGUUGUAUGCCGGGGAUUUAAAGCACCGAAGCGCAUGGACCCGAAAUUCCUGGAUCCCAGACACGUUUUUGCGGAAUUGCAAGAUCCCACGCCGAACAAUGAAGCGAAGGUAUUCAACCCGGAGAAGAAAAAGAGAAAGAGAGAGGGUUAUGAAGAGGGAGAUUACACACAGCAUAAAGAAAUUCCCGUCACAGAAUUCAUUAACACUACCGACCCAAUCGCAAUCCUCGGAACGUAUAAUACAUUGAGUUUUCAUCAAUCUCCAAGUGGUGAUCUUGCUUUGGCAACCCUUGAACGACUUCCUGAGACCACAGACGAAAUUCGAAAUUGCUGCGAGGAUCUCAAAGUUUUAGGAAAAAAGGAAUUCCGAACUCUCUUAAGAUGGCGUCUAAAGGUGCGAGAGCAGUUUGGGCUGGCGGUCAAAAAGGGGGCCAAGAAGGCAGAGGAAUCAGAAGAGGUUGCUGAAAUCGAGCCCAUGGAUGAAGAGCUCGCUAUCCAAGAAGAAAUGCAGCGAUUACAGGAACACGAGUCAUCGAGGAAAAAGAAAGAACGCCGAAGAGAAAACGAACGGAAGCAAAAAGAAAUAGUACGGCUACAAAUGCACAUGAUCACGCCAACGGACAUUGGUAUGGAGCAGAGUGGACCGAUGGGGGAGGGAGCGAUGUUCUCUAUAAAACCUAUCACUCGAGAGGGAGCGACGAGAAAUAUUACGAGUGGAAAGAUAGUUGAUGUUCAGAGCGAGGAAGAUGAAGAAAGUUCGGCUACAAGCGAUGUGGCGAGUGAUGAUGAGGAGGACCGCCUUGAACGAGAACUAGAUGCAAUGUACGAAAAGUAUCAAGAAGAUCGCGAAGAGCGCGAUUCAAAAUUACGGGCCAAGAAAGCUCGCAAGGGCUUAGAGACGGAGGAGUGGGAAGGAUUUUCAGACUCUGAUAAAGAAAGUGAUAGGUUAAGUGACGAUGAUGAGGACGCCCCUCAAGCGCAACCUGGCAUUCUUAGAAAUGGUCAAGCAAAUGGUCUUUCUAACAAAGCGGCGUUAUUUUUUGAUCAGGAUUUAUUCCAAGGUCUUGGCAAUGAGGACGAUGAGGAAGAUGAAGAGGGAAGGGAAGCAGAGAGGAAGCAGAAUCUAUCGGAACAAGAUGAGGAGAGUGAUGAUGACAAUGAUUCCGAAGAUUACGAAACAACUGACAACGAGAGCAAAAUGUCUGUGGAUUCCCUUCCGGCGACAAAGAAGCAGAGUGGCCGUUCUUCCAAACCAAAUAUAGAAGGGUUCGAAGAACAAAAAGAUGAUCCUCGCACGAAGGAAGGUAAACUCGAUAUCGACAUCAUCACUGCCGAAGCCAUGGCACUCGCCCAGCAGAUGGCCACAGGCGAGAAAACUUCCGCCGAUGUCGUCGACGAUGGUUUCAACAAGUAUGCAUUCAGAGAUAUUGAUGGUCUGCCCGAAUGGUUCCUUGAUGAUGAAAACAAACAUUCCAAACCUCUCCGACCUAUAACAGCCGCCGCCGCUGCCGCAAUCCGCGAAAAGAUGCGUGCUAUCAACGCUCGGCCAAUCAAGAAAGUCCGUGAAGCAAAGGGCAGGAAAAAAUUCAAAGAAGCUCAGCGAUUAGAAAAACUGAAGAAAAAAUCCGCGCUUUUGGCAGAAGACGAGGGUGUGAGUGAGAGAGACAAAGCACAGACCAUUGCGAGAAUGAUGGCAAGGGCGACAAAGAAGAAGCCCAAACAGAACGUGAAGUUAGUCGUAGCAAAAGGUGGUAACAGAGGAAUUUCAGGCCGGCCAAGGGGCGUCAAGGGCAAAUAUAAGAUUGUGGAUGCGAGGUUGAAAAAGGAUGUCAGGGCCCAGAAGAGGCUAGCCAAGAAGCGGAAUAAGUAAUCAAUUGCUCCGGAUGUCGGCUUCUGAUUGGAUAGGGAAGUGCAUAUACCGUCCCUUUAUGGGACUAUGGAGUAUAUUUGGGCGUAUUGCAUCGGAAUGUGAAUCGGUAUAUUUCAAAAUAUAGAUUCUCUUCAUUACCAUCUAAAUACAUGAUGGAUGUGCACCAUCCCGAAGCUUUACUCUAAG